CCGCGCCCCGGCCCUUCCCGACCCGACUGUGCGCGGGCUGGGGCGGCUGCGGGAGGCCGCCGUGCUGCUCCGCCCCGCUCGCCUCGGGAGCCCCACGCUGGAGAGCCAAAAGGAGUGGAAGAGCCUGUCUUGGAGAUUUUCCCGGGGAAAUCCUGAGAUCAUUCAUUAUGAAGUGUACCGCGCAGGAGUGGCUCAGAGUGACCACAGUGCUAUUCAUGGCUAGAGCAAUUCCAGCCAUGGUGGUUCCCAAUGCUACUUUAUUGGAGAAACUUUUGGAAAAGUACAUGGAUGAGGAUGGUGAGUGGUGGAUGGCCAAGCAAAGAGGGAAGAGGGCCAUCACAGACAAUGACAUGCAGAGUAUCUUGGACCUUCAUAAUAAACUACGGAGUCAGGUGUAUCCAACAGCAUCUAAUAUGCAGUAUAUGACUUGGGAUGUAGAACUGGAAAGAUCUGCAGAAUCCUGGGCUGAAACUUGUUUAUGGGAACAUGGACCUGCAAAUUUGCUUCCGUCAAUUGGACAGAAUUUGGGAGCACACUGGGGAAGAUACAGGCCCCCAACAUUUCAUGUACAAGCAUGGUAUGAUGAAGUAAGAGACUUUAGCUACCCGUAUGAACAUGAAUGCAACCCAUAUUGUCCAUUCAGAUGUUCCGGUCCUGUGUGUACUCAUUAUACACAGGUGGUGUGGGCAACAAGUAGCAGAAUAGGCUGUGCCAUUAAUUUGUGUCAUAACAUGAACAUCUGGGGGCAGAUAUGGCCCAAAGCUGUCUAUUUGGUGUGCAAUUAUUCCCCAAAGGGGAACUGGUGGGGCCAUGCUCCCUAUAAACAUGGACGUCCGUGUUCUGCUUGCCCACCCAGUUUUGGAGGUGGCUGUCGAGAAAAUCUGUGCUAUAAAGAAGGCUCAGACAGAUACUACCCUCCUCGAGAAGAAGAAACAAAUGAAAUUGAACGGCAACAGUCCCAAGUCCGUGACACCCACGUUCGGACAAGAGCAGACGAUAGUAACAGAAAUGAAGUCAUAAGCACACAGCAAAUGUCCCAGAUUGUUUCUUGUGAAGUAAGAUUAAGAGAUCAGUGCAAAGGGACAACCUGCAAUAGAUAUGAAUGCCCUGCUGGCUGUUUGGAUAGUAAAGCUAAAGUUAUUGGCAGUGUACAUUAUGAAAUGCAAUCCAGCAUCUGUAGAGCUGCAAUUCAUUAUGGUAUAAUAGACAAUGAUGGUGGUUGGGUAGAUAUCACUAGACAAGGAAGAAAACAUUAUUUCAUCAAAUCCAACAGAAAUGGUGUUCAAACAAUUGGCAAAUAUCAGUCUGCUAAUUCCUUCACAGUCUCUAAAGUAACAGUCCAGGCUAUCACUUGUGAAACAACUGUGGAACAGCUCUGUCCGUUUCAUAAGCCUGCUUCACAUUGUCCAAGAGUCUACUGUCCUCGUAACUGUAUGCAGGCAAAUCCACAUUAUGCUCGUGUAAUUGGAACUAGAGUUUAUUCUGAUCUGUCCAGUAUCUGCAGAGCAGCAGUACAUGCUGGGGUGGUUCGAAAUCAUGGUGGUUAUGUUGACGUCAUGCCUGUGGACAAAAGAAAGACUUACACUGCUUCUUUUCAGAAUGGAAUCUUCUCAGAAAGUUUACAGAAUCCUCCAGGAGGAAAGGCAUUCAGAGUAUUUGCUGUUGUGUGAAGUGGAACACUUGGAAGAGGAUCCUAAAGACUAUUCCAAAUGCCAUAUUUCUAAAGUUUGUAUAAAAUUGUAACAUUACUGUACAGAAGAUAUCAACUAUUUUCAGCCCUCCCCCCCAAAAGUGCCAAAUGCAUAUAAAUCUUGAUAGAUAAAUUCUGUAAAAAUUAAACAUGGGACAGUAUUAGCUUUGGGGAAAGUAAUGAAUAUGUAAUGGUUUUAGAAAUCCUGUGUUAAAUAUUGCUAUAUUUUCUUAGCAGUUAUUUCUAUAGUUAAUUACAUAGUCAUGAUUGUUCUACAUUUCACGUGUUAUUUUAUAUGGUGCUUUGUAUAUGCCACUAAUAAAAUGAAUCUAAACAUUGAAUGUGAAUGGUCCUCAGAAAAUCAUCUGGUGCAUUUAAAAAAAAUCAACUCUUGAAAAAUGAAAAGAACCAUAUUAUCACAUUUUCCCCAGUUCAAUACUAUGCCAUUACCUACUCCAAAUAAUCUGAAAUUGGGAAAUUGUUUUCCACGUAAUACCUGUAUAGUUUUUCUCUUCUGUUAAGUUUAGGCAGAUCAAAUAUUAUGUCCUAAUAUUGCACUUCUUAUUUUGUAUAAAAUAAUACCUUGAUAUCCAAAUGAAUCUAUUAAAAUGUUUGAUUCCUUGGGAAUGGCUUUAAUAGUAAGUGGAAUGCGUUAUUUGUUUCCUUGGUAGAGUAGUGGUAUGGAAACAUUCCUAGUGAUAAUAUUGUAAAUCUAGGGUUAAGCACAGGCAGCCAGAGCUUUCUAUGUAUUGUUCAAAGUGAGGUCACACAUUUUUCUUUUGUAUCCUGGCAAAUACUCCUGCAGGCCAGGAAGUAUGAUAGCAAAAUUUUAACAAAGAUAAACUAAUGUAUUGCAUCACCAUUGCCACUGAUUUUAUUAAUGGUAAAUGGCCUUGUGUAUAAAUAUUGCCAUAUUAUGGUACCUAUGAUGGUGAUAUAUUUGUUUCUAUGAAAAAUGUAUUGUGCUUUGAGACUAAAAACCUGUAAAAUGUUAAUUUUGGUAUUUUUUUUUUUCUGCUGGUGAAUUUACUCUUUCCCUGUAAACAUAUUAAAAUUAAUCAUGUUUCAAAAUAUUUUUAGUCCCCUUUAUUCCUUAUUUUGAUUUAGAAAUAAUUUUAAAUUAAAAUUAUUGUAAGUCUUUUAAAUUGGGGUUAUUGACAUUAAUGUGAUUAACAUCCUUAAUACUAGAAGUCUGCAAAGUCAACUUGAUUAUUUAGGUGUUUGUAAUGAAAGAGAAGACAAUCACUUAUUUAGAAGCAUCAGGUGAAAAUUUGAAUAAAACGAGGAAAGACUGAAGGAUGUAAAGUAAUUUUUUAAAAUUGACAAGGCAAUAAAUACUUCAUAUAUUUUCAGAAAAUAAAUGACUACGUGUUUAGGAUCAGAUAAAAGGGAGAUAAAUUGCAUACAGGCAUCUGGAAAAACAAGAGAACUGAAUAAUGGAAAAACAAGAGAGGCUCAUAUAGACCUUGCUGGAGAGUAAAUGGUAAAGAAAUAAUAUCAUGAUCAUUUAUCAAGCACUGGCCAGAAAUUAAGUGGUUCAAAAUUUGGUAGUCAAAACUUAAGCAUCUGUAGCUUAAAAAACUAAAAAUUUAAAGCAGAUCUGUGGGAACAUUUUUUUCCCGAAAGACACAUUACACCUUCUUAAAUAACAUGAUUGAAAUGAAAACUUUACCCAUAUUCAUCUUCUGCUCCCCAUUGUUUCCCCCUCCCAGUGCGGAAGCCCUAUAUUUUCUUGUCAGUAUAAAGAUUCUCAUAAAUGUCCUUAGUUUAGAUGCUCAUCAAAAAUUUCCUAUACUAUUACAUUGUCUUCAACUGGAGCCUCAUUUAGUUUCUUUCCAUUCCUUUGCAAUCCAUCUUUAAUUUUUUCACUGGAAUUACUCUGUUUCCUAGGAAAACCAAAUCAUCUUAUAAAAACAUUUAAGAACCCCUGUAGUCUUGUAUAUAUUGCUUACCUAUGCUUUUGUACACAAGAUGCAGCCUUGAGUAAAUUAUUUAACUUUCUACACUCUAAUUACCUCAUUUGAAAAAUGGAAAGAAUAGUACCUAAUAGGGUUUGCUCCAAGAAUUGAGAUAUUAUGCAAAAUGUACUUAACAUCAAACACAUAGUAUGCAAUCAAUAUAUGUUAGUUCUUCUUAUUAAUAUAAUAAUUUCUGUUGUUAUUUACCUUGGCGAAACUAUGUAUCUGGCAUCCUACACUACUGAUCUUUCACACUUAAAGUGAAAUCCUCUAGGAAUCUUCCUGCAAUUCUCCUGGUAAGAAUUAAAUAAUGCUUUCUAUUAUGCCCUUUUAAUUUGACCAUACUAAUUUUUAGAUUUUUGCCCUGUAUUAUAUUUAGUUCUUUAAACUUAAGGAUAAGCUCCUUGAGAAUUUUAACAGUUAUCUUUUUACCCCAGAGAUACAAUGAUUUUUACAUUUUAUAAAUGGUCAAAAUUGCUAAAUGAAUAUUCCAACAGUUCUUAAUUUUAUUCUUGAUGACAUAAAUGAAUAUUGUUUCAUAUUAUCAAAGCAGAAGAUACUAUAACUAAUGAAAGUAGUUCAUUGAUGAACAUUCUAAAUGUGGAUAUAAAACAGAGGUCAAUGCUUAUAAAAUAGUAUUAACAUUAUUGUUUCAACUUUUACAGUUUACCAGACCAUGUGUUAUUUCUUUAAUGUUCUGCAUCUGAUAAAAGUGAUCUGUGUAUUUCACACAAAGCAGAAUUCUCCAAGAUUUCUCUCCUCAUGUGUUAGAUAAUUGGCUCAUUGUAAUGUAUGCUUUUCUAUUCAAUACUAUAUUUUGCAAUACUGAGUUCAAUAUUUGGAGAUAUUUCAAUACUUCAAUAUCUGCAUCUAAUAAAAGUGAUCUGUGUAA